AUGUCCUGGCUGCUGGUGCUCUACCUCUUGAGUGUCAUACCUGCUGGCACUGAGGAACUCCCGACCAAUGGAUGCACCAUAACUGCCAGGUUGUGUCGAAAUUUUCCAGAAUAUCAGCAAAAACAAUUUCGGGAUGACCUGGGGGAGUCUCAUGUUGCUGCUGGCAGCAAUGAUGCUGCCUGCCUGAAGAGAGCAGAGGAUUUCCACCACUGGUGUGGCAAUGGUGCGACAGAAGAUGCACAGGUAGCAGCCACUUACGGGACAGACCAGCUCUCGCAGGUUUACCAUCCCGGCGCCUGCCAUCCUGGGUGGUCCCAGUGGGAUGCUUUCUGCUACAAACAUUUCUGGGAGAAGAAGACCUGGUUCGAGGCGGAAGCCACUUGCCGACAAUUCGGAGAAGGAUCUCAUUUGGCCUCCAUCCACUCCCGAGCAGAAAAUAGAUUUAUUUACACACUGACAAAUGGGCUGAGUGCCUGGAUUGGGUACACCGAUCUUGACCAAGACACGCACUACAAGUGGAGUGACAACACUCAGGAUGACUUCUCAAACUUUGCCAAGAAUUGCACCGGUCGCGAGCAUGAACCGGACUGCAAGCCCGAAGAGAGACAGCAGCAGUGGUAUGAUUGGGAGGGGCAUGAUGCAGGCACCUUUGUGUGCAAGCGGAACGCUCUACUUCCAGUAGCCCUCCUGCGGAACGUGUCUGCAAGGACACUUGUUACCCGAAGCUGGGGAGAACUGCUGCCGGCGUUCGCAGCGGGAAAUGGACCCAGGCUGAGCCAGAACGACACACUGCCAACUGUGAAGGUGGGGGAAAUCACAAAGCCACCGCUGCAACAGCCUGCCGCUUCCAAACCUGUAGCUCCUGAGCCACGCUUUGCUCUGCCAAAGGGAUCCUGGUUCUGA